AGCCGCAAUGAGUACCCAACUAACUGCUCUCCUGGUGGUGGCUCUCGCCUUUGGGAGCUGCACAGCCGAGCCGACGAUAGACUCCGGGGCCGUCCAGCAGCAGCCGGCCAACGAUUACACCACCCAAACCGUUUAUGGCUUUUUGGAUUUUACGACGACGAUCGGCAACACCGUCAUGGUCUUCAGUCCGCAGAGCGCACCACCCGAGGGAUCCCAGGGGACAAGUUCCUCGAGCGUCGCGCCGCCGAUCGAGACGAAGCCCACGCUGGAAAAGAAGAACCUGAACAUCCAGCCGAGCAAGACCCACAAGGGGGUUGCCGAGACGAAGAAGGACAAAACGAAGAUCGUCGUCAACUCGGUGGUGGAGCAAAACAUCGUCAGCCAAGUGAACGAGCUGGCCCCGAGUGAGGUAGGAACUCUGCGUUCUCGUGCUCCCGAGUUGUCGACGGUCGUGGAAGUGCGGCCGAAAGACGACGUGCCCGGCGUUAAGAACAACCUGGCCGAGCCCGAGUACGAUUUCCUGUCGAAGCAGCCCACCGAAGUGGUCGACGAGUCGUACAAGGUGAUAAAUCUGAAGCCGUCGGCAAACAAGUUGUCAAACGGCGGCCAGAAGCCCCGGGCGUCGGGUCGCCAGAAAGAAAACCCCACGGGUCUGGUGACCAAGCUGGGCGGCACCAUUGUCAAGGACGGCCUGACGACGGUCCACGAGACGAGCGUCAUCGGCACUUACAUCAACGGCAAGUACGCCCAGGUGCUCCAGAGCUCGUCCCGCGUCCUCAACGCCCCCGCCAACAACAACGUCGAGCCCAACAACAAGAUACGCCCGAGCAGCGCUCAGAGGAUACUCAAGACCCUCGGGCCCCAACAAAAGAAACUCAAGCAGCAACAACUGGAGCCCACUGCGUCGGACGAGCCGCAGUUGUCUCCGGACGAAGGUUUGGGUGGUAACAGGCCAGCUCGCCGGCAGACCGGUGGCCCAAACAGGCCCAAGUAUCGCAACAAGAUCGUCGACGAGGCCGAGAACAGCGCCGAUCAGAACCGACCAGCCGGCAAAAAUCGGCCCGGCAACGCCCGCCCCGGCUACAAAAACAGGUCCCAGAAGGAAUCGAGCCCAACGACAACGGCCGCGCCCGAGUCCUCCUCCGGUGGGACCCGCCGACGAGCCGGUUUCCGUCCGUCGGGCAACACCGGCCCCAUCAAGCAGUACAAGAGCGCCAAAUCCGAGCAGUCCCCGAACCUACCGAGCCCGUCCAUCAAGUCCAAGCUGCCCCGCACCCAGGGCCGCUGGUCCUACAAAACGACCCCCAAGCCGCGCAUCCAGAUCCGCAAGCAAGCCGAGGACGAGCCCAAGCAGCAGCCCAACAACACCAGCUCGGAGCCCAACGGCGUCCUGAUUGAAAAAGCACCCGUCGUCAACGCCAGCCCCCAGCCCGAGGAGCCGAUCCUCGUCCAGAGAAAGGACGGCGAGUUCGACGGCGAGUUGGACGAGAGCGAGUCCGAGGACGUGAUCAACGUCAGUGUCCAGCAACAGCAGGAACAGCCCGAGGGAGCAACUCCCCAACCCACCCAGAAGAUCCUGCCCACCGAGACCCUCAACGUCGAGAUAUCCACCGCCUCCGACUUUAACGACAUCUACUUCGAGAUCGCCACCAUCAAGUCGCCCUACGAGUUCCAGGUCGGUACGUCGCGCAACACGCGCUACGUGACGGUGACGUCGACGAUCAAAAAGUCGUUCGCCACGGCCGAGCCGAGCACCGUCCAGCCCACGGAGCCCCUCACCGAGAACAUCCUGGCCAACACUGGCGCGGCUUACGAGACGAGCUUGCCCCUGGACUCGUCGAUCGCCACCCUACCGGCCAUCAGUCUCGAAGCCGGCCAAUCGACCCCGCCCCUCGAGACCAUAACCGAGACCUUCUCGACGACCCAGACCCUCCUCAAGACCCACUUGCUGCCCGUGAUUGCGGCCAACGGCAACACGACCAGCCGGCUCACCCUCGUCCAGACGUACAACGUCGCGCGCAUCGUCACCGCCACCAAGACCCUACCCCCGGCCGAGAUCUACCAAUUCGUCCCCAGCAGGACCCUCAACGAGUUCAACUCGAAGCUCGACGAGGCCGGCAGCGAGCUCCACCUCGAGCUCGACUUUGGCGACGACGAGCGCGCCGACGACGACGACGCGCCCAAACGGAUCGUCGCCCCCAGCACCGAUCUCGACUCCGACCUCGACAUCUUCAACCACAACAAGCACGCCGUCAAUCCCACCAGUCGACUCAAGCCUACCGCUGAGACCACCACCAGCAGCAACGUCAUUGCCACCGAGCCAUCCGUGACCCCGGAACAGGCGCAGCAGCUCGCGUUGCUCAAGCUCCUGGGACAGGCCCAGCCGCAGGUGAUAACGACAUCGAAGCCGGUGAUAGUCCUGGAGACGGUGUACGAGUCGCACGUGAUACCGCUGGUGAGCGCGGGCAAUACCAUCCUGUCGACCCUGAGCCGGGCGGUGGGCACGGUGCCCCGUACGAGUUACGAGUACGGGACAUCGACGGUGACGCCGCUUCUGCCGCAGCUGCCGCAGGUGCCGCCCCAUCUGUUCCCUCCGCCGCCCCAGCCGCAGUUCACGAUAACGAGCGCGCCCAUCGUCCAACAGACCCUGGCCACGGUCUCGGACUCGCGGGUCCUCAAACUGACCUUUGGCGCCAAGACCGCCUACACGACCCUCUACUCGUCGAGGCUCGUGCCGACCGAGAUCACCACCUACGUCACCACGACCCUCCCCGUACAGCCGACCGUGCCCGCCUUCCCCGGCUUCUACCCUGCCCCGCCUGUCGCCUACCCCGGCUAUCCGUACGUCGGUUGA